GAGGAGGGGUGGGGGCGAGAGGUAAAUAGUCUUAAAUCGGAAGGGAGCUGCUUCUCUGUGGUCUUGACAAGCGCUGCCUGGGCUCCGCCGGCUCAGUAAUAACUGAGUGACCUUUUCUUUGGCUGUAUUAUGUCUGGCUGGGAAGGGAUUGCGUUUUGCAGCUGAGAGCUGGGGCUUCCUCCAGCUCGGCUCCAAGCGCGCUGCUGGGGUUUAGUUGUCUUGAGCCUGGACGGAGGGAGACAGCUUCGGACUGCAGUUCCCUAAAAGGAGGACACCUGUGGCUCAGAUGCGGUCAACACCGUUACUUGGCGGAUCCUGGAGGACCUCAUUAUUUUAAACUUAAAAAAUAGCGAUUCUCUCCCCCCUCCUUCUUUUUUUCAAACAAUGCUUCUUUUUGACCUUUCCCAAGGAGAAGCGCUACAAAGCAGCCACUGUGCUCACUGAACGGCCUCCCCCUGUAUUGCUUAAUUGAGAAGGUAUACAAAUGCUCUCAGUCCAGCCAGACACCAAGCCGAAAGGUUGUGCUGGCUGCAACCGAAAGAUCAAGGACCGGUAUCUUCUAAAGGCACUGGACAAAUAUUGGCAUGAAGACUGCCUGAAGUGUGCCUGCUGUGACUGUCGUUUGGGAGAGGUGGGCUCCACCCUGUACACUAAAGCUAAUCUUAUCCUUUGUCGCAGAGACUAUCUGAGGCUGUUUGGUGUAACAGGAAACUGUGCUGCCUGUAGUAAGCUCAUCCCUGCCUUUGAAAUGGUGAUGCGAGCCAAGGACAACGUUUACCACCUGGACUGCUUUGCCUGUCAGCUUUGUAAUCAGAGAUUUUGUGUUGGAGACAAAUUUUUCCUAAAGAAUAACAUGAUCCUUUGCCAGACAGACUACGAGGAAGGCUUAAUGAAAGAAGGUUACGCACCCCAGGUUCGCUGAUCUAUCAACAUCACCCCGUUAAGAAUACAAAGCACUACAUUCUUUUAUCUUUUUUGCUCCACAUGUAUAUAAGAAUUGACACCGGAACCUACUGAAUAGCGUAGAUAUAGGGAAACAGGAUGGUUAUAUGGCAUAAGAGGCGGACUGCAUCUGUAUGUAGUGAAAUUGCCCCCAGUUCAGAGUUGAAUGUUUAUUAUUAAAGAAAAAAAUGUAAUGUACAUAUUGCUGGAUUUUUUUGCUUGCUAUUCGUUUUUGUGUCACUUGGCAUGAGAUGUUUAUUUUGGACUAUUGUAUAUAAUGUAUUGUACUAUUUGAAGCACAAAUGUAAUACAGUUUUAUUGUGUUACCAUUUGUGUUCUGUUUGCUUCUUUGUAUUGUUGCAUUUAGUACAAUCAGUGUUUAAACUUACUAUAUAUUUAUGCUUUCUGUAUCUACCAGCUAUUUUAAAUGAGCUGUAACUUUCUAGUAAAGAAUUGAAGAGCAAAUUUCACUAAUGAUACACAGAUAGAUAAAGCAAGUCUAUCAACAUUUAAAAAGUACUAAAAAAUAAAGAAACACAAAGCAUUUUAGUGACAUCUACUACUUAUUGCCACUAUGAUUUAGAGUCUAUCAGUGUUCUCAUUAUAACCCCCUAUUUUCAGGGGGUUCAAAAUCAGCUUUAAAAAUGCAUAAAAAUUUCAUCUUAAAGCACUUUCGUUUUAUACCAACGUGAAAAGUGCCAUUUUUAGAAUAUCUUUAAAGCUUAACAGUUAUCCUUCUAAUAUCAUUUGUGUGCUAUUUGCCUAUACAAUAGCUUUAGUUUGUUUUAUCAGCAACACCACCUAUGUGAACUAGUGCCUUUGGGUAUCAUGUAAAAAUUUUUCCAAAGGGUUACUUUAAAAAAUAUUACCACAAUUAAGAGAUAAUUUUAAAAUGACAAAUUAAAUUUCUUGUAUAAACAUUGCCUGGAUCUUUCCCCAGGAGCUAAGGUUUUAAUAACUUUAUUGCUUAAUGAAUUCAUGGCACUGAAAAGAUCUGAGUGUGAAUCUACUGAAAUUAUGAUAACACGCACGGAAGCUUUGGUGGUAUUUGAGUAGCGAGGUUACAGCAACACGAUGCUUGUAGAAUCUUCUAGAGGAAGAGAAACAAAGGGACAGAUUAAAAGCUGAGAACUGA